AUGAACCCCAAUAUUGAGGAUCUACGAAAGGACUUUUCCAAGCUCCUUGACCCCAUGGAACCCUUGGACAGCCGGAUGCGAGAGCUUUACCGUCUGAAGGAGACCUACCUGAAAACCUCAGCGGGGGCUACGGUGUUGUUGGAGGCCAUUGACACCACAGACUCCGUUCUGCUUCAGCAUGAACUGGCAUACAAUAUCGGACAGAGCGGUCUGGAGGAGACGGUGGGGCCUUUGGGGAAGAUCGUUUCAGACCGGAAGUACGAUGACGUCACCCGCCACGAGGCGGCCGAGUCGCUUGGUGCCAUUGGCAGCCCCAAGGCCAUCCAAAUCCUUGAGUAUUACGCGGAUAGCCAAAACGAGCCAAAUGUCGCCGUCCGUGAGACCUGCGAGCUCGCCUUGGCGCGCAUCGCGACGCGGAUGAAGGAGGGCGAUGAGGCUCUUCAGCCGCCAGAGGGCUGCCCCUUCGUCUCCGUUGAUCCAUCUCCCGCCUUCACGGAGCGGCGGAACACCGUGGACGGCAAGCCGGCCCCACAGUCGGUGGAGGAGCUCACCAAUCUCCUUCUGAACACCUCGGGAUCCAGCAGUUUGUACAUGCGGUAUAUGGCGAUGUUCACGCUGCGAAAUCUCGCGACGGCGGAGGCCGUGGAUGCGCUCUGCCGCGCGCUCCGCGAGGACACAGCGUCGACUCUGUUUCGCCACGAGGUCGCCUUCGUCCUUGGGCAGAUGGAGGAUCCGAGGAGCCAGCCCGCCCUCAUAGAGGCUCUGGAGGAUGAGAGCGAGGCCCCUAUGGUGCGACAUGAGGCCGCCGAGGCUAUCGGCGCGAUUGCGGAUCCGGUUUCUUUAUCGGUUCUGGAAGCCUACGCUGAGCACUCCGAGCCGAUCGUACGGGAUAGUUGUACUGUGGCGCUGGAAAUGCACAAGUACUGGUCGAAUUUCAAGAAGCAUGGUCAGGAUGUCAUCAACGCGGCGGAGUAG